AUGGGCGCCUCCGACAACCUGGCCCUGGGUCGGUCCACCUUCCUGGAGGAGCUGGGGGAGGCGUCGGCCAUCCUGAGCCAGGCCACGCCGGCCUCCCUGGUCAUCCUUGACGAGCUGGGGCGCGGGACCAGCACGGAGGACGGCGUGGCGCUGGCCCAGGCCACGCUGGAGCACCUGGCGACACGCACGCGCUGCCUGACGCUGUUCGUGACGCACUACCCCGAGGUCCCCGCCGCGGCCGCGCGGGAGGAGGGCCUGCGGGUUGCGGUCCGGCUGGGGCGCAUGGCGGUCCUGGAACGGGGGGGCACGCCACCCAGCAAACCUGCCAUCAUGAGUGGAAAAGGAGCCAAGGGACUGUCCGGAAAGGGAGCCAAGGGCACCCUCGGAGGCAUCAAGGGCGGAGACAAGAAGAAGCCCAUCUCGCGGUCUGCCAGGGCAGGUCUGCAGUUCCCCGUGGGUCGUGUGCACCGUCUGCUCAAGUCCCGUGCCACGGCCAACGGCCGUGUGGGAGCCACUGCCGCUGUGUACGCUGCCGCCAUCCUGGAGUACCUGACUGCUGAGGUGCUGGAGUUGGCAGGAAACGCCUCCAAGGACCUGAAGGUGAAGCGUAUCACCCCCCGUCACUUGCAGCUGGCCAUUCGUGGCGAUGAGGAGCUGGACACCCUGAUCAAGGCCACUAUUGCUGGUGGUGGUGUCAUUCCCCACAUCCACAAGUCCCUGGUGACCAACAAGCAGGGCAAGAAGGAGGGUCUGCUUCCCAUCAUCUAA